UUUCUUCUCUUUUUGCUCAGGUGUACCUCCGUAAUCUUGGCAUCGAUCAGUCACCUUCAUCGAUCCUGACUCCUUUCCUGCCCAGAGGGCCAAUCCGAGAAAUAGAAUUCUCCCCGUCUGAGCUCAGAAUAAUGAAGGCCUCCACUGAUACCUUGAGACAACACUUUCAGGCAUCGGAAGGAGACUUGCACUCUGUAGCAGACGUCACGCAGUCAAGUUUUGAUUCUUCUGUUGGCAGCAUCCCCAUUCCAGCAGGCUCAGAAACCAGCCUUGAUCCUUCCUUCCUUACAGAUCUCUUGCCAAAGCCUUCCAGAAACUUGCUUAGUCAGGGUGCUGUAGAGCACCACCUGGGAGAUCUACCUGCUGCCACCCCCUGCCCUCCAGAGAGCCUUUCCAAGAUUCCAGCUGCUCCCAAGAUGGCAGAAUCCAGUCAAGGGAUCCCAGCAAUUCCAACCAGCCUUCCUUCAGCAGAAGAGACAUCCCCCAAAUGUGUUCAGGUGCUGAUGGACAGAUUUAAUCCAAAGGAGCUUGCCCAUCAAGGGACGUUGUCUUCCAGUUCUCUGCAUGAAGAAAAAUCUGAGAUGAGCGCCCAUGAAAAACCUCACUCUGUACACACAAUUUCUUCUGAAGGGGAAGACCAGGACUCUUUCAUAGGGUCUAGAACCCUGAAAGAGAUCCAAGGACUUCUGGCAGAGGCGGAAGCUAGAAGUCCGAGCCGCUUCAGUCCCGUCUCCUCCAUUUCCUCUGCCUUGGACUUGGGUGGUUCAUCAACAAGGACUACAAAGGCAGCCAACGAUGGAGAUUUCCUGUCCAUCCAGGGGAACAGCCCUGUACUCCAGAGAAUAUGGUCCUGGGAUGAGACACUGGGUAGGCCGAGUGUUCACGAAGACGCUGUGCUCUCAAAAACUCUUAGCUUCACUGGGAGCUUAAAAUGGGACGGGGUGCUUUCCGGGAGCGUCGUCAGCAACGAACCGAUAGUGCCGGAAGAGCCUGGAGCAACUUCCCCAAAAGAGGCGCCAAUGAAAUCUUCCCAGCGAUCAGAACCAGAGGGUUGUAACAGCGCAACGAGUGACAGAAUGCCGUCGCUCCAACCUGACUCCUUGCAGAGCGCGACAGGCGGCGACUCGGGUCCUCUCAGAGAGCCACAACCCGCAGCUGCUGUCGAGCCGUCGGACAGCUUCUCGGAUAUUUUGGAGGGCUUUCAGCAAAUCUUGGAGAAAGUUGGGGAGACCGUCGGUAAGGGGCCCGGUGGGCCCGGGAGUGUUCACGGAAGCGAAAACAGCAGCAGCGUGGACUCGCUGGGCGUCAGAGUGAAAAAGCUCUUGUGUGGGGGAUACCCAGCGACCCCGAGCGAGGGGGAAGACAGGGAUGGGCAGAGAAAACAGCAAGUCUCGGUUGAUCCCGGCUUGGCUGCGAGCAAAGAGACCGCCAGCAUCCAAGGAAGCGAGAACAGCAGCAGCUUGGACUCUCUGGCUGCCCGGGUCAAGACUCUGUUGGGAAAUGAGCACCCAGCGAUGCCUGCAGCUGAGAUCCUGCAGCGGACCAAGGAAGAGGAGAGGAAAGCGCGCACGUGGGUUAAACUGAAGCUGGCCGAUGAAUCCACAAACUCUGUGUUCGAGCUAAACGAAGAAGACCGGCGGAAAGUGGAGGAGAUCAAGUCUGAGCUGCUUCUGAGCGCCAGGAAUGCGGAAAUUCAGGAUCAACUGUGGGGAAGCAGCCGCGAAGGAGGCUCCGGUUCCAUUCAGAAGGCAGAGAUGGGGUGCUCAGUGAUUUCAAAUGACGCCGAACUGCAGAUGGAUAUCCAGACGCACAAUCUGCACGUUGCUGAGUUCCUCGUUAAGGACCAGUGUGCGUGUGGAACGGACCACACCCUUCCCAGUGAUUUAGAAGUCAAGCCUUGGAGCAGCACCCAGAGUUACGUCUGCCCCCAACUUCAGGCAUGCUCAGAUAAGCCUGCGGAUCCCAGCGUCGGUUUUCAUGCUCACGCAGAUCCUGACAGAGGCGCCUCCGAAGCGCAUGCAGGAGAGGAAGGGCGCGUGUCUCCGACGGAAGCGACCAAGCUAAUUACUUCGAUCACUUUUGCCUUGCGAAAACGGUCUUCGCCGUCUUCUUCUCCUGUGCCCUCUGCUGGACAUACUGAGGCCGCCCCUCGUGAUCUGGUACCUUUGACAGCCAAAUCAAUGGGCAAGGAAGCACCAGGGCCUAUCAAACCAGCGCUGGAUGCUUUUAACUCCUGCACGUCUGCGAGCUCAGCAGCCACUCCCCUUCGAGAUAACGUUGGGUUUUCUCCACACAGAGACGGACAACCUGUAUCCCUCGUUGUCAGCAGAGAUGGAUCUCCUCAAAGAAAAGGCCCCGGGUUGGAGGAAAAUCCCCACACCCUUGGUAUCAGACAAAAGAUCCAUUUUAUUACGGAGGACCAUGAAGAAGCUCUGGCUGCUUCUCCAGUCUUUACUGGGCUGAGAGGAAAUGAGAGGCUUUUAGGUGGUGGUGAGAAAGCUGACGCAGGAGGAAAGACGGCGGAUCAGCUCCAUUCUGCAAAUCUGGCCCAACAAAGGACAGUCAGUGAUUACCUCUCGGAUCGAUUUGCGGGUUCCUUUGGAGACUUUCGGCACGAUUCCAGUUGGCGGGGAAAUGUGGAUAGCGGGAACCGUGUCCCCUUGCCCUCUUCCUCCCCAGAUCACGUUUCAACUGUCAUGAUGGUGUCUCCUUCAUCCCCAACACGGAAAGCCCUCUCUGGGGUCCACAUCACUCUCUCGCCAAAACGUCUCGAUUUGGAUCUUCUGAGUCCGGCAGCCACUGACGCAGAAACGAGACACAGCGACGUGUCUAAGACCGGGCCUCAUCCAGGAACUUCAAGUGCACCAAAUCUCUUGGUAGAAACCACCUCUUAUUUGAAGCCCUCCAAACACUACCCAAGAACCCAAGAUUCUGCGUACUUCCCAAGGUCCACCUCAUCUCCGGGGCCUCACUUCGGCCAUCUCCGUGGUUCAGAGACAGAGAAGCUGUCCUCCGAUGCCAUCACCCAGAUAACAACCGAAAGCCCUGAAAAGACAACCUAUUCAGCAGAGAUAUUUGUUAGCACUGACAACGGGGAGUCCAGCGCUGUUGGGUCACCUUGCAAGAAGAGUCAUGCUGUCCUGCGUGCCGUACCUCCUACUCUGGGCCAGGGCUCCUUCUUGGGCAGACAAGCAGAGAAGCCUCUCCUGCUGCCAUAUAAACCACCCGGUAGUUCAGAGAUGUACUAUGUUCCGUGUCCCAAGGAAACGCUCCGACUGUCCCGGGUCAGGUCUGAGACCACUGUGGAGAGCACCCACUCAGGAUCAAACGAUGCCAUCCCCCCGGAAUUUCCAAGGCAGGAACUUGGCUCAGGAGAUGACAGCGGGCCGGAUGCUGCAGUUCUGAAGCACAAAGAAGGCAUCUACAGCAAAAGGGCCGCGCCCAGAGAGGCUUGGGCAGAAAGACAAACGGCAGCCCAGGACGGUGUCCAAGAGAGCGCCAAAACCAGAAAUUCCCUCGAAUCCGUUCAAGCGACUCAUUCGGUCUUCGGGUCGGCCCACUUCUACCUGCACCCCCCGGUGCCUCUGGACCAUGAGCCUGACUUCCUCGCUAGGAGGGAGGCCUUUGAGCAGUCCACUGAGACGGAGCGCCCGGUGCCACCUUCGAGAGACUUCUUCCAACACAAGGGCACGUGGGAGAACCGCCAGCCGCCUUUCUCCCUGCAUCACCCCACAGAGGAGCAGAGGUUCUCUGCACUGAUUGCUGAACCAGAUUACAGUUUGGUUCAGCUGACACCCAUAGAAACUGGUGAGAGAGGGGCUCCGAGGAACGAAGCUGACCCCGACGCAAGGAAAGCUGGGCACCAAGUCGCCAAAGAUCUUCCCCUCCCAGGGAGUCAGACGACUUGCUUAAAAGCUCGCAAAACGGCCGGCCUCCCUCAGAUGCAAACGGUUCAUUUCACCAACAGUUUGGACGAACUCUGGUCUAAGUACUUGGAGCGUCGUCAGCAGCAGCAGCUGCGUUACCCCGGCAGUAACAGAAAUGAGCUCUCUCUAGUCGAGCGACUGGACCGGUUGGCCAGGCUCCUUCAGAACCCCGUUCAGUACUCCCUGAUGCCUGAAGUGGACGAGCAGAACAAUGUCCAGGAGAAAGAGGGGAGAAGAGAGCCCAAGAAGGCCAGAUUCCAGGGGAAAACCCAGGGGGAAAAGAGCUAUCCGGCAUCCCAAGUGAGAGAGAGUCACGGCACCACCAGCAAGUCAACGCUCUCGGAAUCCAGGAGGCAAAAAGCCGGGUCUACCAAAACUGGAGGCCCCCUCCAUAGAAUCUCGGAGCAAAGUCCGAACUCUGAGACCCCCAGCGACACUUCUUCAGAGGCGAGGCCUGGCAAAGGCUCCAGCGCGUUAACGGACCUCAGCACCUCCGAAUCGGACGUAGCGACCCAAGAUGAGACCGCCCCUCCGACCGAAGCGAGCGGCUCCAUCUCCAGCAUCGACACGGCCAGGCUGGUCAGGGCCUUUGGGCACAACCGAGUGCGCGCGUCUCCCAGACUAUCCCAGCUGUACAGCACCAUCAGCCUGCAGAGAUCCCGCUCUGAGAAACAGGCCAAGGGGAGCAGGAGAGCCCUGGCCACGGAUCCCUCCAAAAUAGCUCGGUCAGAGCACAAGAGAAAGGAUGCUCAGCCAACGUGCCCCAUCAGUUCCUCGGACUCCGUUUCCACCCCUGGCAGUUCCCGAGGACCGAGCUCUGCUCUCAGUCACAAGCAGACCACGCGGAUGUUAAACAAGGCCGUCCAGGCAGGAGACUUUGAGAUAGUGAACAGCGCGACGAAAAAGCACACUCGAGACGUCGGCUUGACUUUCCCCACGCCGACAUCCAGCCAGACGAAGCUGCGGGGAGAUCGCUGGAACGAAGACGAGUUGACUCGUCCGGACGGGCUGUUCUGCGGAAGCCAGGGCAAACCAAAGAGGCAACCGAGCGGCUUGCUUGCGGAGAAAAGGCCAGCGAGGCACAAGCUGAAAUGGCUGCAAGGAGUUUCCUGGUUUGUUCCGGCGGAGGAUUUAAAAUCCGACCCGCAGAAAGAACCCGGACCUGGCGUCAUUCUGGACCCCGGCCCCUCCUGGUUCGAACCGCUGAGCAGCACCAAGCCGUGGCGAGAGCCCCUCCGGGAGAAGAACUGGUCCGAGGAGCCCGGUGGCCUCCAGGUGCGUCUGACGGCUCCAGCGAGAGACGUUGAGAACGAGCCGCCCCCUCCUUACGCGAAACUGUCGCUGCAGGAGGCCCUUGUCCUGCGGCGCCCCGACUUCAUUUCCAGCUCUGGGGAGCGUGUGAAGCGACUGAAGCUGAUCGUGCAGGAGAGGAAACUGCAGAGCAUUCUGCAAAGCGAGAGGGAGCAGCUCUUCAAUCCCCGGGAAGAGAGGAGGGCCUAUCGGAAUGGCGCGAGCCUCGUUUCCAGCAGAGGUACCAAAGGGUAGAAACGAGCUGCGACC